CCCACCCAUUCCAGUUUAAGUACAGUCUAAGCUGCUCCUGCUGGUCUAACACAAACGUCCUCCAGGAAGAGACUGCAGGCGAACUAAACCAUGAGCUACCCUGGAUACCCCCCUCAGGCAGGUGGAUACCCACCACAGCCUGGGGCUUACCCUCCACAAGCCGGAGGCUACCCACCUCAGCCUGGAGUUUACCCCCCCCAAGCUGGAGGUUACCCUCCACAGCCAAGCGGCUAUCCUCCUCAACCUGGUGGCUAUCCCCCACAAGCUGGUGGCUACCCUCCACAGGCGGGGGGCUAUCCACCACAGGCUGGUGGCUACCCACCGGCACCACCACAAGGCAGCUGGGGAGGUGGCCCUGUUGGUGGAUAUCCCUCCAUUGGUCUUGACAACUUAUCCAACCCUGGAUACAAUGCUGGCAUGGCCAACCAGAUCCCUGCAGGCAUGGCGGGUUUUACUCAAAACCCACCCAUGUACGCCCAAGGCCCCGGGGGCUACCCACCUGCCACUCAGCCUAGUGGGUAUGGUCCCCCCGUCCCUAACCAACAGUCAUAUGGCCUGUACCCACAGCCAGGAGGGAGCAUGCAACACUCCCAAGGCCCAGGGAUGGGCUACCCUGGUCAGCCUGGCCAGCCAAUGCCUGGGUACCCCCGUGCACCAUCACCCAACCCACCCAUGCCGGGUUAUGGAGGAGCACAAGCCCCUAUGCCAACUUACCCAAAGGUCCCUUCACCAAAUCCAUCCAUGCCAGCCUAUGGAGGAGGAGGAGCUAUGCCGAUAGCCCCACCCAUUAAUAGAGGAUUCAGAGGAACAAUCAAGGACUUUCCUGGAGCUGACCCACUUAGAGAUGUGGAGGUCCUGAGGAAGGCAAUGAAAGGCUUCGGAACUGACGAGCAAGCCAUCAUUGACUUACUGGGGAGUCGUUCCAACAAGCAGCGUGUGCCUAUGCUCCGAGCCUACAAAACUUCCUAUGGAAAGGAUCUGAUUAAGGACCUGCAUUCCGAACUGUCUGGAGAUUUCAGGAAGCUGGUCAUGGCCACGUUGAAGAGCCCACCUGAGUUUGAUGCCUCUGAGCUCCACAAUGCCAUAAAGGGAGCAGGAACCGACGAAGCAUGUCUGAUAGAGAUCCUGUCUUCUCGCUCCAACGCUGAAAUCAAGGAGAUAAACCGCAUUUACAAACAAGAAUACAAGAAGUCACUGGAGGAUGCCAUCAGUGGGGAUACUUCAGGCCACUUCCGCAGGCUGCUGAUCUCUCUGGCCCAGGGUAAUCGUGACGAGCGAGAGAAUGUUGACAUCUCUCUGGCUAAACAAGAUGCUCAGGCCCUGUAUGCUGCUGGAGAAAACAAGCUGGGAACAGAUGAGUCCAAGUUUAAUGCUAUUUUGUGUGCCAGGAGCAAACCACAUCUCAGAGCAGUGUUUCUUCAGUACCAGCAGAUGUGUGGCAGAGAUAUUGAGAAGAGCAUCAGCAGGGAGAUGUCCGGAGACCUUGAGAGUGGCAUGUUGGCAGUGGUGAAGUGUAUUAAGAACACACCUGCCUACUUUGCUGAGAGACUUUACAAGGCCAUGAAGGGAGCUGGGACUAAAGACACAACCCUGAUCCGGAUCAUGGUGUCCCGUUCGGAGGUUGACAUGCUCGAUAUCCGCCAGGAGUAUGUCAAAAACUACGGCAAGUCGCUGUACACACACAUUUCUGGAGACACAUCAGGAGACUACAAGAAACUCCUACUGAAGCUCUGUGGUGGUAGUGACUGAAAAGGAAACAGUGACUACUACAUGAUUGGAAUGUUCUAUAAAUAUCAGUUUUCCAGCCGUAUCUAUAUGCACUAUACACACACUGCAAACCUGCAUGCCAUGCCAGUACUCUCAAUGCAAUGUUUACCUACUUUUAAAAACCUUGUAUACACAUAUUGCUGCGUUUCUUUGCCAUAUAUCGUAUGCACAGAAAGGCUUUAUAUUUUUUCACUUGUGAUAUCUUUGCUGGAUAUUUGAGUUGAAUAUACAUGGCCAUAAAAUUGAUUUGAAAGAGAUUACAUUUGACUUUUAAGAGCUAUAUAUUUUUAAGAUAUUUUAUAUCAAGUUUUCCAUUAUGAUCAGAUAUUUAAUUAUAUCUGUCACGUUUAUCAGCUAAGUCUGUAAUGUUCAGCAAUGCUGAAGAAAGUGAGACAUAGAAAACAAAGCAGCUACGUACCAAAGUUGUCUUUAAUGUUUGCAAUUCUAUUAUCUCUAUAUUUUGUCUACACUAUCUUUUCUGUCGUAGUUGUGCUGUAGGUGCAUCAGAUGCUUUCCGUUUUACAUCAUAUACUUGUCAUUGUAGCAUGUUAACCUUAGACAUCACAUUUCAUAUUUUGUGAACUGAUUUUGUUUUCAUGACUCUCAGAAAAUACAUAUUGAGAACACAA